GGUCUGUUGGAUGUGUUCACCCCUGCCAAGUCACUAGAAGAAUUCAAUGAUGUGUACUUGGUGACACACCUGAUGGGAGCAGAUCUGAACAACAUUGUGAAAUGCCAGAAGCUCACAGAUGACCAUGUGCAGUUCCUCAUCUACCAGAUCCUCCGGGGACUGAAGUACAUCCAUUCAGCUGACAUCAUACACAGGGAUUUAAAGCCCAGUAACCUAGCUGUAAAUGAAGAUUGUGAGCUAAAGAUCCUGGAUUUUGGCUUGGCCCGACACACGGACGAUGAGAUGACGGGGUACGUGGCCACCCGGUGGUACAGGGCUCCUGAGAUCAUGCUCAACUGGAUGCAUUACAACCAGACAGUUGAUAUUUGGUCAGUGGGCUGCAUUAUGGCUGAACUGUUGACUGGAAGAACAUUGUUCCCUGGUACAGACCAUAUUAACCAGCUUCAGCAGAUCAUGCGUCUGACGGGAACACCCCCUGCAUAUCUCAUUAACAGGAUGCCCAGCCACGAGGCAAGGAACUACAUUCAGUCUUUGUCUUACAUGCCGAAAAUGAACUUUGAAAAUGUGUUUAUUGGUGCCAACCCACUAGCUGUGGACUUGCUAGAGAAGAUGUUGGUGCUGGACACAGACAAGAGAAUCACGGCAGCAGAAGCGUUGGCUCACGCCUACUUUGCUCAGUAUCACGACCCAGAUGAUGAACCAGUGGCAGAUCCCUAUGACCAGUCCUUUGAAAGCAGAGAACUUGAAAUUGAGGAAUGGAAAAGCCUGACUUAUGAUGAAGUCAUCAGCUUUGUGCCACCCCCGCUUGACCAAGAGGAGAUGGAGUCCUGAGGAACUGCUCUUCUGCUUGUCCCACUUCACUGUGAGGGGAAGGCCUUUUCCUGGGGACUCUCCAAUUAUCAUUCAAGUGCCUCGUCACAACCAUAUUCUCCUUGGUGGAGGGGUUUUGUGUGUGUUGAGUUGGGGAGGGAGGGGGGGGAGGGAGGAAACCUGAGUCUGUGUGACCAUGCUCUGCAUGCUCUUGUGUUCUGUGCUCAGCCUGGGACAAGCUGCUGAGAACCUGCUCUUGACCCCUCCUGAGUCCUUCCAGUGCUCAACCACUUUGCACUGCUGGGGCAGAUGGGGAAUGGGGGGGGAAAUUGACCUUUUAAAGUUGGGUUACAAUCGCUGCCAUUGAUCAAUUCUAUAAUUAAGUAACCUCAAAAGAGUGGAAGGUUGGUUUCUAGGCUGGAGAGUCCU